AAUUAAGUGGCCGGUCUGGUGGCUUCGGAUAGGGCAGAGCUGACCUAAUUUUCGAAGGCCUGGUGGUGUGCGGCGGCGGUGGCGGCGGCGACGGUGAGGGCGACAAGGAUGGAGUUCCUGAUGCAGCCUCUGCACGGAUCGACUUUCCUUGAAGAGGUUGGGGAGAGUUUGGUGCCGGCACCGGUGGCGGCGGACGGGGUCGAUGCGGAGAUGGUGGUGGAGCAUCCACUGGCGGCACAGGGGACAGGUGGACAGCAGGCGCCGGCUGAGGAGCAGCCCGCAGGUACAGGGGAGGCGCAGAUCUUGAUGGAGACUGAGGCAGCGCAGGAGAGGAGGGACGUGUCACCACCAAGCUUGGAGCUAUCUACAGGGAAGAUGAACCCACAAGCUCCUGGUUGGAAUAAGAGGUUAAGGAUUGGUGCUGCUGCACCAAGUCGUCUGCCUUGCCAAAACCGUGUAAGUGCAUUUGAGAAGGCUGUUCGAAACUAUGCGGAGAAUCCAAGAGAUAAUGUGGUCACACCGACUAUCGGCACGACAUUUGACUCAGUUGGAGAGGCGUAUAACUUCUACAAUUUGUAUUCAUGGGAAAAGGGAUUUGGGAUCAGAUAUGGCAAGAGUCGGGUUAAUGUGGAGAGGAUUAAAUGCAUGCAAGAAAUAGUCUGUGGCUGCUCGGUGACCACCUUGUCUUUGCAGUCGGGGCAGGGGAUCAGCGGAAGCACUGCCUCCUGCUGCGAGGAAGAAGAAGAAGACGCCAUGGUCGCCGGUCUGCUCGGUCCAACAGGAAGACAAGAUGAUGAGGUUGGGGGGACAGAGGGGACGGCUCAAAUGAAUCUUCCAGAGCAAGCUGCUGGAUUCAUCACAUAUAUAAUACAAAAAGGGGUAUGGGAACGGACGUUAGCUCACCAACGUCUGAGCCGUGGCUCAUGCCGGCCGCGUGCAUCUGAGCCAGCGAACGGAGUGUGACGGCCGUUACACUCAAUGCGGGUAGGUGGGUGGGCCCUGUCCUUUGAAAAAGCAUCCACUAGUACUGAGAAUACGUUCUGAAAUACACAGGGGGAUGCGAAUCUUGGCGCUAAAGAACGGCUAGGAUAACAGGUGCAUCUGAACUCGGGCUCAGAAUAGCACUUUCGCUACUGACUGGCCUUCUUUUGCCCCUACU